UAUUAUCCUUUUGUAUGUUUUUGCUAUUUGCACUUAAUUGGGAUGUUUCCAAAGACUUGCAGUGACAAAUUGAAUUUAAGUGGCGAUAAUGAAGACAAUUUCUGCGCCACGAGCGAGCGGAGUCACUUGAGCCCUUUUUGCCAUUGAUGCGACUGCGCCCCUCCGGGAGAGCCAAUGAGAGGAGCGCCGCCCGCGUGCGUGCGAGACGCACACGGCGAGCCGCGCACCGCCACGCAGCCUCACUCCACUUUGACACGCGCACAACAAUCGUGCGCAGCGGAGACGGUGAGGAAUAAAAUAUUACGUCUGCCGUUUCGGACAGAAAUAGAAAGUUUUCGGUUUUUUUUUUAUUGAUUUGAACUUCGGAUUUUUUUUGUGUGUGUGAGUGUGAAGAUAUCUCGGAUGAAUUAUUAGUUCGGUCGUCCCAUGCGGAUGUGCGCACUCUUCCCCACAGCAUUUUUCGAUUUGUAGACUCUUUUGUUUUUGGCUGGCCUCGCGAUGGCCGUCGUCGUCGUCCAGAGUUGGUGACCCGGCAUGGCUUCCGAGCCGCAUCCCCGAUGAUGACGAUGAGUUCGCUGGCGGACACUUUGGUCUCCCCCGACCCUUCCAAAUCGGCCUUUUUGGAAUGCGGCGGCCACAGCUUCCCCGCUCACCCGCAGUCCUCGCCGGGACUGGCGCACAACCCUUACCAGUUCCACAGCCUGCACGCGGCCGCGCAGCACGACGGGCCCUUCCCGUCGUCGGCGCCCUCCUACGGCCGCCCUCUCGGUUACCCGUCCUACCACAGCCCGGUGAGCGCGCACACGCCCGGGUCCUACCUGCCCUACCCGCACGGAGGCCACGGCGGCGGGCUGCAGGGGCACGCCAGGCUGGAGGAGAAAGCAGAACACGACAAGCCCACCGCGGUCUUGGAAAACGGCGAGCUGCGGCUCAACGGCAACGGCAAGAAGAUCCGAAAGCCUCGGACCAUUUACUCCAGUCUGCAGCUGCAGGCCCUCAACCAGCGCUUCCAGCAAACCCAGUACCUGGCUCUGCCCGAGAGGGCCGACCUCGCCGCCAAAUUGGGCCUGACGCAGACGCAGGUUAAAAUAUGGUUCCAAAACAAACGAUCCAAGUACAAGAAGAUCAUGAAGAGCGGGCCCUGCGGAUCGGAUGGAGAGCCCAGGUCGGCCCCGCUCCAGACUUCCGCUUCUCCGUGCACAGUCUGGGACAUGAGCAUGACUCCGAAAGGCCCACCGGUGCACUCCGGCGGAUACAUGAACAAUUUUGCUCACUGGUAUCCGGGACAUCCUCAGGAUGCCAUGCCCAGGACUCAACUGAUGUGACAUGCACUCGGAUUGGAGGGCUUUUUUUUUUUCCUCCAUAAAAAAACAACUCCCCCAUAUCCGACAUUGUUUACAGUGUGAGACACUGGAGCAAAAAUUAAGGAAAGCGCAGCAAAAAAAAAAAAAAAAAAAAGAAAAAGUUAAAUCUGGGGCGACUGGUUGAAAAAGUGAGGCAGUUUUGGCUCCCGUUGCUCCAGGAGCUCUCAGUACACAGAAGGAAAGUGCAGCGAGGUACUGCACACGGAUUCUUUGGUGGAUUUCUCGGUGUCACAUGAAGAAAAUGCAAAAAAAGAAAACAAAAAAAGAAAAAAAAAGUGCCGAUUUCCAUGGUUGCAUUCGGAAUGCCGUCAAUAUUCCGGUGACGGAACGGUGAACUUCUUGGCAUCUUUGAACUCGAUUGAAACACCUUCGAUGACUCCCAUGCAACGCGUUAGCUAUUAUUAGCUCCAGUUGAACGACCUGUUCUCUCUCACAAGCGAGACAUGAACAUCGUAUGACAUGG